AUGUACACCCUACAAUCAACUACAAUGGCUAAAAACGAAACUACCACAUCUGCAAUUGCCGCGCCUGGGGACGUGUCCAAAGGCAGCAAAGAUCCGGAUGACAAGUUUGACGAGGAGCUUGCAGAUGCUCUCCUGAGUCUUGAAUACCCAGCCUCGUACCAAUUUUCGCCCACUGCGGACAGAAUCGUCUAUCAGAGCGAAACCAACUUUGGCAAGCCGAAAAAUGCUGUAAGCACCAUUUGGCUCGCGACGACUGACGCAGGGCCGGCUCGCAAGCUUACCACGGGCCGGUACCGGGACAGCGGCCCCCAGUGGCAUCCAGACGGCCAGCAGAUUGCUUUUCUUUCAGAUCGAGCAAAUGCAGGCCAGGUCACGGCCGUUUGGAUGAUGUCGCUGAGCGGAGGAGAUGCGCAGCCAGUCACGCCGCUCGACAAGAAGAAGAGCAUUGAGUCCUUCAAGCUGUCCCCCGAUGGAGAGACAAUUGCGUUUCUGUGUGAGGACGAAGCCAGCAAAGACCAUGACACGCAAGACAACGAUAAUGACCCGCAGGUCUGGGGCGAGACAUGGGACUACACGCGAUUGCAUCUCCUCGACGUCAAGUCGGGCGAGGUGCGCGCUGUCAGCCAAGAGAAACGCCAUGUGACAAGCAUGAGCUGGAAGCCCGACGGCAAGAGCAUUGCGUACUCCAGCGUGCAGAAUCCGGAACCAGGCGAAGACGGACUGACAGGAACCCAGAUAUCCGUGCUCGACAUGACCUCCAACAAAGACCAAAACGUCUGCACAGUCCGCAGCGAAGUUUCUGCGCUGAAUUUUGUCGCGGACGGAAAAGUAUACUUUCUAUCGACGUACGAGCUGCACCUACUCAAAGGAAAUAGUGCAGUCUACUACGUCGACACCGGCUCCCUUGAGCCCAAGGCUGUCAGAUGCGCAUUUGGCGAGAAAGAUACGCCGGCUAGCAUUAAACUUGCGGGAGGGAAGCUCUUUGUCUCUCGACUGGUGGCAACGCGUGUCGUUAUCAGCGACAUGGACGGGAACAACAUUUUCGAGCCUGAGCGGCCGUUUCAGUACUGGAAUGUCGCCAUUGACCCGAUCACCCAGGAGCCGGUGCUGGCUGCAAGUCUUUCUGAUCCAAGCACCCCGGAGGAGGCCUACAUUCUGAGACGCAAUCGAGAUGAAGUUAAGCUGUCCAACUUCGGGGCGCCUGUGCUCGGUAAAGUGAAAGCUACGCCACAUAUAUUUACCUGCAGAGCGUUGGACGACCUAGAGGACGUAACUGGCAUCUUUAUCACUCCAUCUGCUGAGAAAACCAUCUCACAGCCGCUGCCCACUUUUGUUCUGCCUCAUGGCGGUCCAACCGCCUGCGAUCUUCCGAGUUUCGACCCUAGCCUGAUGCGCUGGGCUCCUUAUUUGCUCUCCAAAGGAUACGGUGUGCUGCUCAUCCAAUAUCGCGGGUCUGUCGGCUAUGGACAGCAGUUCGCCGCCUGGAGCAGCCGCGGCAUCGGCACUUUUGACUAUGAAGAUGUGAUUGCCGCGACCGACCACGCCAUCAAAUCCGGCUUUGCAGAUCCCAAGCGGCUGAUGGUGGGCUUCUGGAGCCAGGGAGGCUAUCUCUCCUACCUGUGCGCCGUCCGCAACGGCCUCCACAACCUGGGGUGGAAGUUUAACGCGGCGAUUGCGGGCGCCGGCUUCGUCGACAUUGACGGCCUGGUGCUCGGCUCGGAUCUCGGCGCGACGGACCAGCGAGAGCUGGCUGGCCGCAUCGCGCCGUGGGAGACGGACGCGAGCGAUACCCGCGCGAGGAGGGGAAGCGCCAUCUGGGAGAUGAAGCAUGCGGUGGACGAGGCGAAGCGCCGGGGGAAUAUGGUAAUUCCGCCGAUGCUGAUACUGCACGGGGAGGCGGACCCGCGGACGCCGUACUGGCAGGCCGUGGCGUUUCGCAGAGCGUUGCGGUGGCACGGGCUGCCGUUUGAGUUUGUGACGUUUCCGGGAGGCGGACACUUGCCGACGGCGUGGAGGCAUCAGAUGGAUAUAAUUCGCAGGGUGGCGAGAUGGGCCGAGACGUAUAUUGGAAAGAGCGCGGAGUAG